AUGGCGUCUAGUGAACCGGCACGCGUUCCUAUCCCCAAAAAUGGCGUUGAUUACCGCGGCACUGUGGUCCUUGCGCCUAUGGUGCGGUCUGGAGAAUUGCCUUCGCGGCUUCUCGCGCUGAAAUACGGCGCAGACCUGGUAUGGGGCCCAGAGACCAUCGAUCGCGCCAUAAUAGGUACAACAAGACGGUUAAAUCCGCGCACCUCGACGCUCGAAUUCUCACGUCUGCCCACAUCCAAGAUCCAGGACCCUACGCUUGAUCCAGAAAAGCGCGAGAGCAUCAUAUAUCGCAUACAUCCUGAGCUAGAAAAGGGCAAGCUGAUAUAUCAGAUGGGUACUGCAAACCCUGAGCUGGCGGUGCAGGCGGCGAAAAUAGUCGCAGGAGAUGUCGCGGGCAUAGACGUAAACUCGGGCUGCCCAAAGCCUUUCUCGACAGCAGGAGGCAUGGGAGCAGCACUGCUGAAAACACCGGAUCUGCUCUGCGAUAUUUUGACGAGCUUGGUGGAAGAAGUGGGCAAGCCGUACGAGAUUGGGAUCAGCGUCAAGAUUCGAAUACUCGACAAACCAGAAGAGACGGAGGUUUUGGUCAAACGCCUUGUUCGAACAGGCAUCACAGGCCUCACAGUGCACUGCCGAACUACACCCAUGCGGCCCAGGGAGAGGGCCAUUCGAGAUCAGCUGAAGAUGGUGGCGCAGAUCUGCAAAGAAGCAGGUGUUGCCUGCGUCAUGAACGGAGACGUCACAUCGCGCACAGAGGCCAUACAGUUAAUGCAAGAGUUCGGCGCUGAUGGCGCUAUGAUCGCCACGGAAGCUGAGAAGAACCCCAGCUGCUUCCGCCCAGACGCAGCAGGCGGACCCCAUGAGUGGCGAUCGCACUGGAAGACUGUAGUCACAGAGUAUAUGCGUCUUGCACUGCAGGUCGAGAACAGAUGGGGCAACACAAAGUAUCUGCUCAGCCAAAUGAUUCCAGGGAGAGAAGCAAUGUAUGUAGCCAUGAACAAGUCGAAGUGCUAUGCGGACGUAAUCAGGGCACUGGGAUUGGAGGAAGUAGACGGUAUGCUGGAGCAAGCGAAGACUGUGGACGAGCACCUCCAUCUGCCACCGCCGGAGUCCAAGGCUGACAAAAAGAAGAGGGUCAAAGAUGAGAGGAAGGAGCGGAAAGUGAAACGGAAGGAAGAGGUCGAGGAGCAACCUGAGGCUAAAAGGAUCAAGGUUCAGGAAGCAGCGGUGGAAGACCUGAUCUUACCUUCAGCGGAGAUGGUUGCUCCAGCUACAGUGAGUGUGUAA